ACGAAGAGGAUCAAUAUCAUCUGUUUUGAAAUAUUACUUUCUGGCAGAAACUGGCAGGUCCUAUCAUACGCAGUUUUAUUUUUACAGGCGACAGUUGUUACCAUCAAUCCCUUUUGACGGCCUUGACCCGACUUUCUCUCGUGGAAAAUACCUGACGACGCCUAGACAAGCCGAUUAGCCGCCAUAAAGGCAGCCGCCCUGACAGCAUGUCCGACGAAAAUCCCACCUUUUACGACAAUGAUCAGUCGCAAGAUCCUCCUGAGCACCAAAGUAGCAAUAGCAAACCUGGAGCAAAACGCAGAGCUUCUCGCGCCAGGACUCGAAGUGUCGCAUCCUUAAUCCCUGAGCAACUCGCUCGAAAAAGAGCCAACGAUCGUGAAGCACAGCGUUCUAUACGGCAACGGACGAAAACCCACAUUGAGGAUCUAGAGCGGAGAAUCCGAGAGUUGUCGGGAGAUGAUGAACCACAAAGUCUUGAAGAUGUACGGCGACGAAAUGCAGAGCUGGAAGAAGAACUUAGGCAUCUCAGAGAAGCCUUGGGCCGGUCCGAGGGCAGUUUGACAUCUUCGCCUGAGUUGGCACCUGUGUCUACUAGAUAUGGGAUGGACAUGAUAGAUUCUCCGUACUCAUAUUCACCGCAAUGGCUCUCCUCUUCACCUGGUCAAUCCUCGCUAUCUUCGUCACCGUACUCUAGUUCCAGUGCUGGCGAAUUUAUGUCAUCUCCGGCACCAGAUUAUUCAACAUUAGAACAUGGCUUCUCAGACCCCGGAAGUGCGAGGAGCGAUACUUUCAGUCCAAGCCUGGCAAUAGGAGACACGGCUAGAACACCUCCUCACAUUGCUCCUGCCACAAACCGUAGAUGCAUGCCAUUCAACACAAGACCUCAUUUUGGACGUAGCAGGUCUUACCCCAAUGGAAGACUGGGGCAAUCAUGGCAACCAGUCUCUUCAAACAUGGCUUCCAUGAUGACCAGCAACAUGUCAGGAAUGCCUCAACCUACUCUGCAGAGUCAAUCCAUGGCUCCAACCAGUAGCCCCUCUGGGCUAAACAGUAAUGUGGUGGGAAUAGGUCCAGCACCAACAAGCCACCCUAUCGCACCAACCAGCAAUCCUCUGGGGAUGGACGCAAACAUCUCGGAUAUGGCUAUGCCCAUACCCAGAAAAGUACAAUCUGCCUUGAUCAAUGAUACCAUACCUGAGAUUGUGUCCCCGAUUCCAAGACAGAUACAACCUACUCUAACAAUGAACGGAAAUAUGUCGAAAAUGGAUUCGCUUGUGCCGAGACAAGGACAGGAUUUCGGGUAUGAGGUUCCCCCAUCUCUUGUAGACCAACCCUCUCUCCACACUUGGGAGCUUCCACUUCGUUUCGUACCUCCAACGGGCCCAGUGGACAGCAUAUUGAUCGGACUGUUGCAACGUCAGAGAAACAUAGCUCUAUCAGGGACCACAGGCACAGCCCUCACCGGGCCUUAUCACCCUAACCUUAGAGGCCUUCUGAACCUGGAAGAUUCUGGCUCGUCACAUCCAGUAGCAUCUGUUCUUGCCAAUCUCAUUCGUCGAACCGAGUUGAAGGGUCUGGCCGAGAAAGUAGCUGCUAUGCAUGUCAUAUAUCGACUGAUGCAAUGGCAAGUUUCGCCUUCUGCUGAAGCUUACAACAACCUUCCAACAUGGUACAUUCCACGAGCUCCGCAACUCACGACUGCGCAUCCCAUGUGGUCGACUUUGAUAGUAUGGGGAAAACUUCGCGAUAUAGUCAUCAAUGAGCAAGAGACAUAUGCAACGGAGGAAUUCCAGCGUAUAUACACAAUCAGCUUGAACAUUAACUGGCCAUAUGGCGAUGAGAACAUACUGGUAUUCGAAGGCGACGAAAUAAAAAUGACGGAAGUCUUCAAAAGACACGUCAAUAACCAGGCGAGUUGGAGUCUGGAUGAGCCGUUUCAAAGACGGUAUCCUGAGCUUAGGCACGCGUGCAGGUUCUCAGAGAUUGCAGGGCCGGAUCAUUCUCCGCAACCUAUGCAGAAUGUCUAUCAUCGACAAUAACUCUGAAUAAGUACUGAGAAACUUGAUACUUGGAUUUUUGGUGACAGG